ACCAAACCCAGGCAUCAUCACCGCAACUGCAGGCACUGCCAUACACCUCCAUUCUCUAGAUAUUGCAGAUCAAAAUGUCAAAGUCCAAUCUCCAGCUGGUCCAUGAAUGCAACACAUUCCCGUAUUAUCAGGAUAACCCCGCGGCGUACACAGCCCACCUGAAAAAUUACCACAUCUUCAAAGUCCAGGGUUGCAGCUCGAAUUUGGGAUAUAUUACGAAUGAAGUAGUGAGUCGCUUUGACUGGCCCAAAGAAUCCUGGGUUGUCGAUUCCGCCGAUCAAACUGUUACCCUGGUCGCGGGGUCAACCCCCGAAGCGCGAAGUGCUGCUGUGGCCCAAACCCUCGCCUUAGCGGUGAAACAGGACCGUUUUGAGGUUCUAAGAGGUUGGCGCGAUGAGAUGUACCCUGUCUACGGUCCCGCGGGGGAGUUUCUUCUGGAGAUGGAGCGCUGCGCCAGCCCGCUUUUUGGAAUUGUCUCUUACGGUAUUCACGUCACUUGCUACGUUGAAGAUGCAACGGGGCUGCGGCUCUGGGUGCCUCGCCGGUCGAAGACGAAGCAGACAUAUCCUGGGAUGCUUGACAACACCGUGGCGGGUGGAAUGAGCACCGGCGAAAAACCGUUUGAGUGUUUUGUCCGCGAGGCUAUGGAGGAAGCAUCUCUCCCUGAGGAUAUUGUCAGGGCUAACGCGACCUCUGUCGGAUGUGUCUCGUAUACCUAUGUGCGGGAUAGUCGUGCUGGAGGUGAAACCGGCCUUGUGCAGCCGGAGGUUGAGUAUGUUUAUGACGUGAAGCUCGCUGCGGAUGUUAUUCCUAAGCCGAACGACUCCGAGGUGGAGGAAUUUUGUUUGUUUACAGUGGACGAAACUAAGAAGGCAUUGGCGAAUGGCGAGUUCAAACCCAACUGCGCGGUUGUCCUCAUUGACUUCUUCAUCCGCCAUGGAAUCAUUACUCCUGAGAACGAGAAGGACUUCCUGGAGAUCAUCACAAAGAUACACCGCCGCUUGGAAUUCCCAACCGCCUCACAUGCGGCAAAUUAAAGACACGCCAAUGGUGAUAAAUAUGUGUUUUUCGAAUAUAUUUGAUAUUCUAUGUGAUAGACCCAGAUGCCGAGUAAACGCCAACGCUGCAACUAAAGCAUCCAAUAAAUGCAAAACAAAACUUUUCUGGUUAUCCGGCACGGUUUCAGGCGAGUGAAGCGAAUCUGUACUUGUUCCGGGCCAAAAGAAAAUUAGACGCAAAUUUCUGGGCGCAAAGGCCCAUGAAUG